GAAGACGGUCAUCUUUCCUGUUAUUAUGCGUUUUCUCUCUUCUCAUGUUCGGGAUUUUGCAAAGUAACCUAAAAACUGACAGUGAGAAAUUAACGAGCAUUGUUUACACCGGAAAUGUUCCCAAAAGGGAAAGACGAGAGCUCGUCAAAGACGAGAGUGAUGCGCAAUCAACGUUCAAAGAUAUAUCACGUGAUAACCUAAAGCGACUAAAACGCCUGGUAAUAGUAGAGGACAGGAAAAUGUUUACCGGAAGUAAACAUUCUAACAGAAGUUCGCUUUCGCCUUCAGAUAAACGGUCAAAACUGCAAGAUGAGAAUUAUCUUCAAGACGACAGACGUGAAAAUAAAUACGAGAAUAGUCUGAAAACGGAAAAUCACGUGGACAAAAAUGGCGACCAGGAAGGAGAGAAAUCCCAUUACCCCGCCGUCGAUAUAAACAGUUACAAAGGCAAGCUGGAGAGUUACGACGUAGAGGAUGAGUAUCGCGCUGAUAGGCAAAAGAUGGAAGAAUUGAUGGAUGAACCAUACAAACUAUUGUUGAAACUUACAAACGAAGACAACGACAAUGGUUUGGUGAAUCAAGCGAUGCCACGCGACAUGGGCGAGGAUGAUUGGUUCCCAUUUAACCCGUUUCAAUAUCCUCAAAAUAUAAACAUUGAACAAUUAAUAAAAACAUUUGCCAAAAAUGGCGUUCUACCUGGCAACCCAAUCAAUGAGUGGAAGUACACACCAAUUAUCAACCCUUCGAGUAAAUGUGAAAAUAGUAAAAACGGUGUAUUUUUGCUGUUCAUUGUGAAGACAAAGCCCGAAAAUUUUGCGAAAAGACGGACCUUACGUAAAACAUGGGCCGACGAGAAAAGAUUUCCGAACAUACGUACCGUGUUUUCUAUCGGAAUACCUCGGGAUUCUAGUACGAUUAAAAAAAUAAAGCUAGAAUUCUUGAAAUACAAGGAUGUCCUUUUGAUGGAUUAUAUGGACACGUACCAUAAUUUGACUCUCAAGACAACCAGUGGCAUCAACUGGGCGGUGGCACGCUGUGCCGUGGCCGAGUUCGUAGUGUCUGUUGAUGACGAUAUGUAUGUGGCCACAGACUUCCUCUUCCAACACCUGAAGGACAUGCCACAGGCGGAGGCUGAACGACUGUAUCAUGGACAUCUGUACCAUGAUACAUCACCAGUCCGGCAUGGGAAGAAAGACGAGUGGCAUAGUAAAUGGAUUGUGACGAAGGAGGAGUACCCGUUUGAUACCUACCCAGAUUACAUAUUCGGGGGAUUUAUUAUCAUGUCUAUGAGAACUGUACUGGAAAUGAGUUUGGCCAUUCCCUACACAAAACCGAUCAACAUGGAGGAUGUUUACCUCGGUAUAGUGGCCAGUCGACUUGGUAUUGUGGCGACCAACACUGAUCUCGUCAAUUGUUUACUCACAUAUUCCAAUGUAGAGAAGUUCAAAACUCUCAUCGCCUCUCAUUACUACACAAGUACUCAUAUGCUGGAGAAGGCGUGGGAGUGCCAUUUAUCGAUAGUAGAAGAGGAUGUUGAAAAGUCAGUAUUUUGUAUUUACAUAAAGACAAAACUAGAACAGCUAAAAUACAAAGUAGACGAACUACUGAAUUGGAUAGAUCUGUCAGAUGACGCUCUUUAGGUGCAGGUUAUUACAAACAUGUUUGGGAGAAUUCCUUUUUUACAACUUUUCUUCAUGAGUUUUGUAACAUUGAUUAAGAACAGGUUAAUGCCUUCUUGUGACAAUGAUCGACGUGUAUGAGAGAGCCCUCUAGUGACAAUGAUCCACGUUUAGGGGAGAGCUCUCUAGUGACAUUGAUCCACGUUUAGGGGAGAGCUAUGUAGUGACAAUGGUCGAUGCGUAGGAGAGAGCUCUCAAGUGACGUUGAUCAACGUUUAGGGGAGAGCUAUGUAGUGACAAUGAUCGAUGUGUAGGAGAGAGUUCUGUAGUGACAAUGAUCGAUGUGUAGGAGAGAGCUCUGUAGUGACAAUGGUCGAUGUGUAGGAGAGAGCGCUGAAGUGACAAUGAUCGAUGUGCAGGAGAGAGCUAUGUAGUGACAAUGAACGAUGUGUAGGAGAGAGCUCUGGAGUGACAAUGAUCGACGUGUUGGAGAGAGCUCUGU